ACUGCGACGAUAGCUGAGUUAAUUCGAAAAUGGAUCAGUAAAUCAUUGGACUCGAGGAAAUGGAGUGAAGUGAAGUUGGAAAAUUAAAAUUUUUUUAUUUCCUUAUUUUAUGGAGAAGAUAUUUCAGUGGAGAGUUAAUGCAUCUGUCGGUUUGUCGAAGGGAAAAAAUUUGUUUAGUGCUUUUCACGAGCUUUUUCACGAGAAGAAAAAUGACGAGUUGGUGGUGGCAUUGAGAGCUUUCUGUCUUGACUGACGGAGUCGGGGAAACGUUGGAUUGGAGAGAAUGAGGACUUUAUAUUCAAUUUGUUUGAUCCUUCUUGCUGCUGGAGUCACCCUAGCCCACGUGAAAUCGUACGUGAAUGUUACGGGCGAUAUUACUCUCGGUGGACUCUUUCCUGUUCAUAGGAAGGGGAUCAAUGGCCAAAGCUGCGGAAAAAUUCAGUGGCAGGAUGGAAUUCAACCCCUGGAGGCGAUGCUCUACACUGUCAAACAAAUAAACAAUGAUCCAAAGCUUUUGCCUGGAAUUAAACUCGGAGUACUGGCGUUUGACUCUUGUGAUAAUGCUAAUUAUGCACUUGAGCAGGCACUUAAUUUUGUUAAAGGUUUCAUAGCUCACGGCAAUGAAUUCCACGAGCAGGAAUUUCAGUGCUCAGACGGAAGUAUUCCAAGAUUCCUGGGCGGGAGUUUCGACAAAGUCGUUGCGGUCCUCGCAGCUCAGUCUAGUUCCAUAACACUGCAGGUGGCCUCGAUGCUCCGACUGUUUACCGUACCUCAAAUAUCCUACAUGGCAACAACCCCCUCGCUCAGUAACAAGGAGCGUUAUCCUCAUUUCUACAGGACUGUACCGAGUGACCUCAACCAGGCCCACGCGAUGCUGGAGAUAUUGAAACGAUUCGGCUGGACUUACGUGUCAGUCGUCUACUCGGACACAGAAUAUGGCAAUCGUGGAUACGAGACACUGGUAUCCCUCGCGAAUAACUAUUCAAUCUGCUUCAGUGCACCACAGAGAAUAGACAAGGAGCGUUUUGUCGAUGAGGACUAUGACAAUGUCAUUCGUACAAUUGCGAACAAGACUGAAGUUAGAGUCGUAGUAAUCUUCUCCGAGAGGAGUACAACCCUUCGCGUAUUGGAGGCAGCGAGGAGGCUAAACCUGGGGACGAGGUUCGUUUGGAUCGGAAGUGAUGCCUGGUCCAAUACAAAUCACCGUGAAUUUCUCAAUCCCUGGAAUCGCAGCAAAGACGAGGAAAUGGUACUCGAGGGGGCACUCGCUGUACAGCCAUUGUCGAGACAUCUCGAAGGGUUCGAUGACUACUUCAAGAAUCUGUCUCUCAACCAUGAAAAGAUUAAUCCCUGGUUUCGAGAGUUCUGGGAGAACUAUCACAGAUGCGGGAAAAAUGAAAACGGAACAUCCUGCAACGAUCCGUCACUGAAAAUAAAUUCUGAAACUGGUUACAAGCAGCAAAAGUUCCUCCACUUCGUACGUGAUUCUGUAUACGCUGUAGCGCAUGCACUCCAUGACAUGUAUGUAAAUGUAUGUGGUGAACAUUACGAGGGUAUGUGCGAGGGGAUGAAACACAUUGAUGGUGAGACUCUUUCCAGAUACUUGAAUACGGUCACGUUUAAAGAUGAGGCGGGGAAUCCAUUCAGAUUUGUUGACAAUGUCGAUGGCCCAUUGAGGUACACAAUUUUGAAUUAUCAGAAAGAUAAUGAUGGAACUUAUCGAUGGCACGUCGUGGGUAAUUACACACAAAGCGACUCUGGGAAAGCGAUUCUUCACAUAAACUCAACUCUGAUAAAGUACCGUAGUCAGGGUGAAUUGGGCCGCAAGUUCUUUCCAAACUCAUCAUGUUCAGAACGCUGUCUUCCCCAUCAAGUGAAAGUUCGGGAGAAAAUUGAUCCCUGUUGCUGGCGAUGCAGAAAUUGUGGCUUGUAUCAAUGGAAAGUCGAUGAUCACAGGUGUGAGGACUGCGAGUGGGGAACAAGACCGACUAAAGACAGAAAAUGUUGUGCUCCCAUUGAAGAGGACUUCAUCGAUUACUCGAGUCCUUGGGCGGUUGGAACGAUGGCAGUGGCCAGCUGUGGAAUUCUCCUAACGAUAUUCGUCCUGUCAGUGUUCUGGAUCUACAGCGACACCCCGGUGAUAAAAGCCUCCGGUCGUGAACUAUCAUCCCUUCUCCUCCUGGGUACCCUAGUAUCAUUCCUAAUGACCUUCGCAAUUGUCGCCGAACCGACCACCGAGACCUGUGCAAUUACCCGAUUCGGUAUUGGAUUAUGUUACACCCUCUGUUACGCAGCCCUGGUCACCAAGACCAACCGAAUUCACCGGAUUUUUAAUAAAAAAUGCCACAGCCCCCACAAACCCAAGUACACAAGCCCCAGAUCACAACUCGUCAUCACUGGAAUUUUAACAUCCGUAGAAAUUAUUAUUAAUGGGAUUUGGCUGCUGCACGUUCCACCGGCUAUUGCACACUCUUAUCCCACGAGGGACUCGAGACUGCGGAUAUGCCAGGGGCUGGAGGACACGUCUUAUAUGGUGGGAUUGGUCUAUCCUUUCAUUUUAAUUGUUGCCUGCACGAUAUACGCAAUUAAAACGAGGAAAUGUCCGGAGGGAUUCAACGAAACCCGUCACAUAGCAUUCACCAACUACACAACGAUGGUCCUCUGGCUGGCAUUUGUACCGUUGUAUCUCGCCUCGGCGAGUAAUUCAAUUCGAGUUGUAACACUGGCCCUAUCGCUCUCCCUCAGUGGUCUUGUGCAGCUCGGUUGUUCCUUCUUCCCGAAAGUUUACAUUGUGCUGAUGAAACCGGAGAAAAAUACUAAAGAACUUGUCAUGGCGCAGCACAGGAGCUCGUCGUAUUUGGCAACACCCUCGGCAACACCAAUCGUCGUUCUCAAUGGUCGUGCCAUAAAAUCUAGUCGGAGGGGGAGUCAGUCAUCCCUACGGUCUUCAAGAGUGAGCAGUAAUGCAUCGAAUUUCUACAAUUUAAAGCCUCUCAUAACUGACUCGGAUACCGGAUCAAUGGAAGGGACGACAGAGAAUGCCAGUGAUACCGAGAUAGUCUCAUCCUAAAAACCCCGAAUAUUAGAUUAUGUUAAUGCAUAAUUGAUAUGAAUCAUCGCGCUGUUGAAAAUUCACAAUCCUCAUUCCUAAUAACACACGUGGGUUGUCCUAAUCUCCAACAGAAGUUUCUUGAAACUGACGAUUUCAUAUUUUCAGUAUUUUCAUGAAAUUAAAAGUCUGACGGGAAGUGGUAAAAGGAGGUAAGUGCAUUUUGCAUAGGAUAAUUUCCGAAUGAAGCCCAUUUCCAAAUCAGAGUUCGCUAUUUUUUUUUCAUUUAUCGUUUUGUAUUCAUCGAGAACGAAAGCUUACGCCCUUCUACCACUUCAUUCUUCAAAUAAUUGAAAUGUCAUUCUCUGAAAAAAUCGAAAGUUUUCGUAAAUAAUCAAAAAAUAACAACGAUUGCGCCUUCGUCUGUUUUUUUAUGAACGAAAUAUUCGAAUUGAUGAAUAAAAAUUAAUGACAGAUUUUUUCAUUCAAACAAAUUAUGAAAAAUACAAAUUUUUUUUGAUUAUAAUUAGGGGAGACCUGAUUGACGCCAUGAAAAUCCCCGAUUGAAGUUGGACAUUGCAUUGGAAGAAAGAAAUUAAAUUUGUAGACUUUUAGACUCUCUAAUAUUUCUAAAGAAGAAUAAAAUGGCUGGAAAUGACUUAAAAAGCUUUCCGCUAGUGUUCCAUAUUCCUCGGGGGUUUCGUUACCCCCAAAUUUCCCAUUUUGCCCGCAUUUCCCCUAGAAAUUAAAGAUCAUACGAUUUAAAAGAAUUAAAAACACUUUUCGCUCGUGUCCCAUAUUUCCCUAUCGUCCCAUUUUCCCCGGACUCUCCAUUUCGUCCAAACGUUCGACUUUUCCCGCGUCACUUUCAGAAGUGAAAAAUAUUAUUUAAAUGAAUGCUGAUGAUUAUCGAAAAAACAAAAAUCGUGGGAAAAUUAGUUAAUUAAAUUUACAAAUGUUGCAUUUUAUUUGCAACAGAGAUCUACUUUAUAAAGUAUACUGUACUUAAAUGAUACUUUACAAAGUUAUGAAAUUACAAACCCAAAAAAACGCUUUUCCAUUAGCAAUAUUCAUUGCAAAAAAAUCUGUCGUUCUAUUCGUUGACAUUAUUCACUGAAAAUAUGAAGUUCACGUCUGACACUCAGUUUUAAGAAUUUUCUACUUAAAGUAGCUCUACCCUCGGGUCGGUAUCUUACCGACCGGACACACUGCUUUUAAAUAUUAACAAUUGCCAAAUUUUCCAGCCAAUUGCAGUCAGUAUUAUCUGAAUUAAAUCUCGGAGAGUCUUACCAUUUUUAAGAUAAUUUCUUUCUUAUAAACAAAUAAUAGAACUUCUUUUCCAAACAGUGAAUUCUCUUUCUUGGAAUUUUGAUAAAUUCCUCGAUUUUUCUAACGUUUAAUGACCAAAAAUUUACUGACACUUUGUUAAGUUCUGAUUUUUAAACUUUUCAUUGAAUAAACAAACGAGAAAAGGCUCGAGCUACUUUAAAAUCCUUAAAUUGUCAACAGUGUCGCUCUGGUCUUCCUCUAGUGAAUUCACCGAUUCAAUUGCAGAAUCCAAUGAAUUGUACAGAAAUAGAUUGAACGGAUUAAAAGCCUUCAGGACCAAUAACCGAUGCGAGAAAUGAUUAAACCCGUGAUCUAUUGAAUUUAAACAAAUUGGAAAACAUAUCGUUAAUGUAAGGAAAAUUAAAAUAUGUAUAUUAGCAAUUAUCUAGGGUCUAAGAGAAUAUUUGUUGAAAGCCAUAUCGAUGCAUAUAUUGAUAUAGUUAUAACUGAUAAUUAAUCUAUUUGUUAUAAUGAUUCAGCGGGCUGUGUAAUUAAUCACAAAUGCGGGUAUUAUAAUAGAAUAUAUCGAAGUAAACGCUUGGCAUUUCACUCCGAUCAUUCUAGGCUAAUUUCAUCGUAAAAGUGUCGAAUGUUUAUUGUUUUAUGAGCAACAUUGUAAAUGUUAUUAUUUUUAGAAAAUGCUGGAGUGCAACUACGAGUCGAGGGUUCUCAGACUAUUGAUGAGACGCAAACGAAAAAAUUUCGGACAAAAUUUUGUGGAUUUUAAGGUCUGACUGUCUUUCUGAAAUAUCUAGAUGGUUUUUCAUUUCAUUUUUUAGCCACGAAGACGUGUAAUUUUAUAUUGAUUCUUUGUCCCUAUGAUAUCUAUAAUUAUUAAUAUAAUUUAUAAAAAAUAGUCGGAUGAUUCUGCUGAUGAAAUCAGUAACGAAGGGGUCAACAAGAUGAGUUGACUUCCCUCAGAAAUCUUUGAAAAAUUCAUCGGAAGAUCUUCGAAAAACAAUUUUUGUUUGAAAAUAUAAUCAGACAAAAGUUUUGUGAGAAUAUUUUUCAAAGUCCAAAGCGGAAAAUGUUUGUAAAAAAAUUUUUUCUCCCGAAAAUCUGCCAAAGAAUAUUUUUACAUCGUGGGAAGAUCUUUCGAAGAAUUUUCGAUGAUUUUUCUGAAGAAUUUUCAAGUUUUUUGGAGGAGAAUAAUUUUUCUACUCGAGAUACGUUUGUUGUAGUACUCGAUAUCCUCCGCAAAAAUAUUUUAAUGAAAAUUUUUUUCGAUUUUCCCCCGAUUCCGAGAUAUUCAAAACCUCGUCAAUUGUCAAAACUGAUUUUUCUCGUUUUAUCACUUUGCAACCGAACUCCGCUAAUUAAUUUUCGGAGACUUUUCGUAAUUGUCGAACAAACAUCGAAUUCUAUUGGUUUCUCCUGCUGAAUAUUUCCCAUUCACCAUUUGUAUAGGAGAGAACUUGAAAGAAAACUAGGGAAAAACUAGGGAAAAGUUCGAUAGAUUAAAAUUUUUCUAUUAAAUUUUUAUGUCUGUGCACUUUUUAUAUUCAACGGGUAUAUGACAUAUCUUAGUUGUUCUGUUCUCACGGUGCCUCAUUAAAUUUAUCUUUAAUUUCCACUGAACUGUACAUAUUUGUAUAUAUGUGAAGGAAAUAAAUUAUAAUUACAGCAU